GUCCUGAGCUGCGAGCACGACGGCCUCGGCAUCCAGCUCAACGGCUUGAGCGAGGCUGCGCUUUUGGAGGCCUUGAACUUCAACCCGAUGGUCAGGGUGGCGAUCAAGGCGCCCCACGACCCGCUCGAGUUGGCCCGGGAGCAGUUCCCAGGGGAGGAAUGGGUGGGACCAGCGGCGGUCUCGAGUCUCCAGUUCGAUGCCGCUGAACUGCACAGAGCGCUCUUGGUGACUCGACGCUGCGUGCAGCCCAUGAAGCCGCGGAAGGAAGACGAGCCGGAGCCGCCGAGCGCCGCGGACAACGCCGUCGUCGGCAAGGUCCUGGCCGCACACUUGGAGGGCGACGUCUUGGUGCCGGAGGGUGACAACGUCUUCCUGCAGUACCUGCCGGACAAGAGCCGCUGGGAGAGCCAGAAGAUUUGUGACAAGGGCUUGCAUGGCUUCGCUCGGCAAUACAGCCACAUCUUCGAGCCCGUGCAUUGCUGCUGGGUGGACGGCGUGCUGCAGAAGCGCCCGCGGGGCGGCAGGCUCCGGCCGCAUGUGGAGGUCAGCUACCCGCUUGGCAAGCCGAGCUUCCUGAACACUCUGGCCCACGAGAGCUUGAUCUACCUGCGAUGCCCCGCGCCCAAGCGCUGGACGACCCGCUGUGCACCAACCACCGGGCUCUUUUCGAGGAUGGCUGGGUCUACGACUUCCCAGAAUGAUCCACCCUGGGGACGCGCCAAGCCCGCGCGAAGCGCGCGAAGCGCGUGCGCGAAGAUCGCGCGCACGCGCGAAGCGCGCGAAGCGUGCGCGCGGAGCGCGCGCGCCCGAAGCCCGCGCGAAGCGCGCGCGAGCGCUGAAGUGCGCGCUUAA